UGUAAGCCAAGUGGAUGCUUCUUGGUUUAAGCAAUUACAAGAGUAGUUUUUACCUGUCAUGCCGGUGAAGCGAGGUCAUUAGCAGCUUUAGUGUUCUGUAGAAAGACCAAGAGGGAGAAACUCAAAGGCAUUCACUGAGUCAUGCAAAAAUUCUCCUAUGUAGAGACGUUUACACAGCAGGAACUUAAGUCCAUGUGUAAAGCAGGCUGCUCGCAUGCUGAAAAACAAAACACCACCCCUCCCUCGCCUGCUCCCCCUCAGCCUCACCCCCCUCACUCCAUUGACAUGCAUAACUGGCCUGGUAGGUGUAAAAAUAGACUGGCAGCGCCUGAAUUGGAAAUGGUCACUGAAGGCAGCCUGCAGUUGCUGGGGUUUUGAGUUCUCUCUGACACCAGCAACCCGGUCAGCAGAUGGGGAGAGCUGGUGAGGGGCGUGUAGGGGAACUGAGCAGAGGAGCCAAGGGUCGUCUGGAUGAAUCGUCCCCGAUAGUGUCCCCCUGAGAGCCCUGGACAGAGCACAGACGGCAAAGACCGGCCCACUGACGGCAGGAACCGUAGAACUGAGAUGGGGAAUGCAGCUCUCUGCCCGUCUUGCCAGGCGGAUAAGAGCGUAAGAGCACAGGGACACUUGCAGGAAUUGGACAAAACCCCAGACUACUAUGGCUGUAACAGCGAGGACACCAAAGAACUGGGGGUGCGGUCUGACAGCAAUGCAAGCUUUCUCCGCGCUGCCAGAGCCGGCAAUCUAGACAAAGUAGUGGAAUACCUGAAGGGGGGCAUAGACAUCAAUACCUGCAACCAGAAUGGACUCAACGCUCUCCAUCUGGCUGCCAAGGAGGGCCAUGUGGGGCUGGUUCAGGAGCUGCUGGGAAGAGGGUCUGCUGUGGACUCUGCCACUAAGAAAGGAAAUACUGCUCUUCACAUUGCAUCUUUGGCUGGACAAGCAGAAGUUGUCAAAGUUCUCGUUAAGGAAGGAGCCAAUAUUAAUGCACAGUCUCAGAAUGGCUUCACUCCUUUAUACAUGGCUGCCCAAGAGAACCACGUUGAUGUUGUGAAAUAUUUGCUAGAAAAUGGAGCUAAUCAGAGCACUGCUACUGAGGAUGGCUUUACGCCCCUAGCUGUGGCACUCCAGCAAGGACACAACCAGGCAGUGGCCAUCCUCUUGGAGAAUGACACCAAAGGAAAAGUGAGGCUGCCAGCUCUGCAUAUUGCAGCCAGGAAAGAUGACACCAAAUCUGCCGCACUCCUGCUUCAGAAUGAUCACAACGCUGACGUACAAUCCAAGAUGAUGGUGAAUAGGACAACCGAGAGUGGUUUUACCCCUUUGCACAUCGCAGCCCACUAUGGAAACGUCAACGUGGCAACUCUUCUUCUGAACCGGGGAGCUGCAGUGGACUUCACAGCAAGGAAUGGAAUCACUCCUCUGCAUGUGGCUUCCAAAAGGGGAAACACAAACAUGGUGAAGCUCUUACUGGAUCGUGGUGGUCAGAUCGAUGCCAAAACUAGGGAUGGGUUGACACCCCUUCAUUGUGCUGCAAGAAGUGGACAUGACCAAGUGGUAGAGCUUCUGCUGGAACGGGGUGCUCCCUUGCUGGCAAGGACUAAGAAUGGGCUGUCUCCACUUCACAUGGCUGCACAGGGGGACCACAUGGAAUGUGUGAAGCACCUGCUGCAGCACAAGGCACCUGUUGAUGAUGUCACCCUGGACUACCUGACGGCCCUCCACGUUGCCGCACACUGUGGCCACUACCGUGUAACCAAACUUCUUCUGGACAAGAGAGCCAAUCCGAACGCCAGAGCCCUGAAUGGUUUUACUCCACUGCACAUUGCCUGCAAGAAAAACCGCAUCAAAGUCAUGGAACUGCUGGUGAAAUAUGGGGCUUCAAUCCAAGCUAUAACAGAGUCUGGCCUCACACCAAUACAUGUGGCUGCCUUCAUGGGCCACUUGAACAUUGUCCUCCUUCUGCUGCAGAACGGAGCCUCUCCAGAUGUCACUAACAUUCGUGGGGAGACUGCACUGCACAUGGCAGCCCGGGCAGGGCAGGUGGAAGUGGUCCGAUGCCUCCUGAGAAAUGGUGCCCUUGUCGAUGCCAGAGCCAGGGAGGAACAGACGCCUUUGCAUAUCGCCUCCCGCCUGGGUAAGACAGAAAUCGUUCAGCUGCUUCUACAGCAUAUGGCUCAUCCAGAUGCGGCCACUACAAAUGGGUACACGCCACUGCACAUCUCCGCCAGGGAGGGCCAGGUGGACGUAGCAUCCGUCCUCCUGGAAGCAGGAGCAGCCCACUCCUUAGCUACGAAGAAGGGUUUUACCCCUCUGCACGUAGCAGCCAAGUACGGAAGCCUGGAUGUAGCAAAACUUCUCUUGCAACGCCGUGCUGCCGCAGAUUCUGCAGGGAAGAAUGGCCUUACCCCGCUCCAUGUUGCUGCUCAUUAUGACAACCAGAAGGUGGCGCUGCUAUUACUGGAGAAGGGUGCGUCCCCUCAUGCCACUGCCAAGAAUGGCUAUACUCCUUUACAUAUUGCUGCCAAGAAGAAUCAAAUGCAGAUAGCUUCCACACUCCUGAACUAUGGCGCAGAGACGAACAUUGUGACAAAACAAGGAGUCACUCCACUGCAUCUGGCCUCACAAGAGGGGCACACAGAUAUGGUCACCUUGCUUCUGGACAAGGGAGCCAAUAUCCACAUGUCAACCAAGAGUGGACUCACAUCCUUACACCUUGCCGCCCAGGAAGAUAAAGUGAAUGUUGCUGAUAUUCUCACCAAGCAUGGGGCUGACCAGGAUGCUCACACAAAGCUUGGUUACACUCCUUUAAUCGUGGCCUGUCACUAUGGAAAUGUGAAAAUGGUCAACUUUCUUCUGAAGCAGGGAGCAAAUGUCAAUGCAAAAACCAAGAACGGCUACACGCCCUUGCACCAGGCUGCCCAGCAGGGCCACACGCACAUCAUCAACGUCCUGCUGCAGCAGGGGGCCAAGCCCAACGCCACCACCGCGAAUGGCAACACUGCCUUGGCGAUUGCUAAGCGUCUGGGCUACAUCUCCGUGGUGGACACCCUGAAGGUUGUAACCGAGGAGGUCACCACCACCACCACGACCAUCACUGAAAAACACAAGCUAAAUGUUCCUGAGACCAUGACUGAGGUUCUUGAUGUUUCUGAUGAAGAGGCUCUUAAACAGUUUGGUGACCACUUUAUUGAUGGGGAAGUGCUUAGUGAUUCAGGUGAUGACACAAUGACAGGUGAUGGGGGAGAAUACCUUAGACCCGAGGAUCUAAAAGAACUGGGUGAUGACUCUCUACCCAGCAGUCAGUUCCUGGAUGGUAUGAAUUACCUGCGUUACAGCUUGGAGGGCGGACGCUCUGACAGCCUUCGAUCCUUCAGUUCCGACAGGUCUCACACCCUGAGCCAUGCCUCUUACCUGAGGGACAGUGCCAUGAUCGACGACACAGUUGUGAUCCCCAGUCACCAGGUGUCAACUCUCGCCAAGGAGGCAGAAAGGAAUUCUUAUCGUCUGAGCUGGGGCACUGAGAACUUAGACAAUGUGGCUCUUUCUUCCAGCCCUAUUCAUUCAGGCCGCACCUCUCCAUGUCUUGAUCGUGACAGCAGCAGUUUCCUGGUAAGUUUUAUGGUGGAUGCCCGAGGCGGUGCUAUGCGAGGAUGCAGACACAAUGGGCUCCGCAUCAUUAUUCCACCUCGGAAAUGUACUGCCCCAACACGAGUCACCUGCCGGCUGGUCAAACGCCAUCGACUGGCGACAAUGCCUCCAAUGGUGGAAGGAGAAGGCCUGGCCAGUCGCCUGAUUGAAGUCGGACCUUCCGGUGCUCAGUUCCUUGGUAAACUUCACCUGCCAACGGCUCCUCCCCCACUUAAUGAGGGAGAAAGUUUGGUCAGCCGCAUCCUUCAGCUGGGGCCUCCUGGAACCAAAUUCCUUGGGCCUGUGAUCGUGGAGAUCCCUCAUUUUGCUGCCCUUCGAGGAAAGGAGAGGGAACUGGUGGUCCUGCGCAGUGAGAAUGGGGACAGCUGGAAAGAGCAUUACUGUGAAUACACUGAGGACGAACUGAAUGAAAUCCUUAAUGGCAUGGAUGAAGUGCUGGAUAGCCCGGAAGACCUAGAAAAGAAACGGAUCUGCCGCAUCAUUACCCGUGACUUCCCACAAUACUUUGCGGUGGUGUCCCGCAUCAAACAGGACAGCAACCUGAUUGGCCCAGAGGGAGGCGUGCUGAGCAGCACGGUGGUGCCCCAGGUGCAAGCCGUCUUCCCGGAGGGGGCGCUAACCAAGCGGAUCCGCGUAGGCCUACAGGCUCAACCUAUGCACAGCGAGUUGGUUAAGAAGAUCCUAGGCAACAAAGCUACCUUCAGCCCUAUAGUCACUUUGGAACCUAGAAGAAGAAAAUUUCACAAGCCAAUUACCAUGACCAUUCCUGUCCCCAAAGCUUCAAGUGAUGUCAUGUUGAAUGGUUUUGGGGGAGAUGCACCAACUUUAAGAUUACUAUGCAGCAUAACAGGUGGAACCACCCCUGCUCAGUGGGAGGAUAUUACAGGAACUACGCCAUUAACAUUUGUCAAUGAAUGUGUUUCCUUUACAACCAAUGUGUCUGCCAGGUUCUGGCUGAUAGAUUGUCGACAAAUCCAGGAAUCCGUUACCUUUGCAUCACAAGUGUACAGAGAAAUUAUCUGUGUUCCAUAUAUGGCCAAAUUUGUAGUGUUUGCCAAAUCACAUGACCCCAUCGAAGCCAGGUUGAGGUGUUUCUGCAUGACCGAUGAUAAAGUGGAUAAGACCCUUGAACAACAAGAAAACUUUGCUGAGGUGGCCAGAAGCAGGGAUGUGGAGGUAUUAGAAGGAAAACCCAUCUACGUUGAUUGUUUUGGCAACCUGGUGCCAUUAACCAAGAGUGGUCAACAUCAUAUAUUCAGUUUUUUUGCCUUCAAAGAAAACAGACUUCCUCUCUUUGUCAAGGUACGUGAUACAACUCAGGAACCUUGCGGACGACUAUCAUUUAUGAAAGAGCCAAAAUCUACCAGAGGCCUGGUGCAUCAAGCUAUUUGCAACUUAAACAUCACGCUGCCAAUUUAUACGAAGGAAUCAGAGUCAGAUCAAGAACAGGAGGAAGAGAUCGAUAUGACAUCAGAAAAAAAUGAUGAGACAGAAUCUACAGAAACAUCUGUCCUGAAAAGCCACCUGGUUAAUGAAGUUCCUGUCCUAGCGAGUCCGGACUUGCUCUCUGAAGUUUCUGAGAUGAAACAGGAUUUGAUCAAGAUGACCGCCAUCUUGACCACAGAUGGAUCUGACAGGGCAGGUUCCAUUAAAGUGAAGGAGCUGGUGAAGGCUGCUGAGGAGGAGCCCGGAGAGCCUUUUGAAAUUGUUGAACGAGUAAAAGAGGACUUAGAGAAAGUGAAUGAAAUCCUGAGAAGUGGGACCUGCACCAGAGGUGAAGGCAGUGUGCCGAGGUCUCAGUCAGAGAGAGAAUUAGUGGAAGAGGAAUGGGUUAUUAUCAGUGAGGAGGAAAUAGAGGAGGCUAAGCGAAAAGCACCUUUAGAAAUCACUGAAUAUCCAUGUGUCGAGGUUAGAAUAGAUAAAGAGACCAAAGUCAAAGGAGAGAAAGACUCAACGGGGCUAGUGAACUACCUUACUGAGGAUCUAAAUUCCUACAAGUCUCCCCACGAAGAGCAACCGCAGACAUUGCAUGACCUGGCAGGGGAGAUGUGUGAGUCCCAGGGUCCUGACAGGAGCUCUGAAAGCAAAGGGAAAGGUGCCCCCUCCGAGGAGACACAGAGUACACAGAAACAGCCCAAACCCAGCCUGGGAAUCAAGAAGCCAGUGAGAAGGAAAUUAAAAGAAAAACAAAAACAAAAAGAGGAUAGUUUACAAGCUAGUGCAGAAAAAACUGAACUUAAAAAAGAGAGUUCAGAAGAAUCAUUAGAUGAAGACCUCGGUUUAGCCCCUGAGCCUCUUCCCCCUGUAAAAGCUACGUCACCUUUGAUAGAGGAAACUCCCAUUGGUUCCAUAAAGGACAAGGUGAAGGCCCUUCAGAAACGCGUGGAAGAUGAACAGAAAGGGCGAAGCAAGUUGCCUGUCAGGGUCAAAGGCAAAGAGGAUGUGCCCAAAAAGAUAAACCACAGGACACAUCUUGCUGCGUCCCCCUCCCUAAAAUCAGAGAGGCAUGGCCCAGCAUCACCCUCCUCUAAAACAGAAAGACACUCUUCUCUUUCCUCCUCUGCAAAAGCCGAAAGGCACCCUCCGGUAUCACCAUCAAGUAAAACUGAGAAACACUCACCUGUGUCACCCUUGGCCAAAACUGAAAGGCACUCUCCUUUGUCAUCGUCAAGUAAAACUGAGAAACACUCCCCCGUGUCUCCCUCAACAAAAACUGAAAGACACUCCCCCGUGUCCUCUUCUACCAAAGCAGAAAGACACCCACCAGUCUCACCUUCAGGUAAAACAGACAAACGCCCACCUGGAUCGCCCUCUGGGAGAACAGAGAAACAUCCACCAGUAUCCCCGGGCAGAACAGAAAAACGCUUGCCUGUAUCACCAGCUGGAAGAAUGGAAAAGCAUUCGCCUGCAUCGACCUCUGGGAAAACUGAGAAGCACCUGCCUGUGUCACCUUCUGGGAAAACAGACAAGCAACCACCUGUCUCUCCCACCUCAAAAACAGAAAGAAUCGAGGAGACGAUGUCUGUUCGGGAGUUGAUGAAAGCUUUCCAGUCAGGUCAGGACCCAUCCAAACAUAAGACUGGACUCUUUGAGCACAAGUCAGCCAAACCAAAACAGCCACAAGAGAAAGGCAAAGUUCGGGUAGAAAAAGAAAAGGGGCAGGUAGUAACCCAGAGAGAAAUGCAGAAAACAGAGAGUCUGACAAUCAAACGAGGCCAGAGAUUCCUGGUCACAGGACCCUCAGAGUCCAGAAGAGCGGUUCGUGCUUCCUUCAUAGGGUUUAAGAGAGAAGACGUAGCUGGAGAGGAGAAAGUGCUCAACCACAAAACACCUGAACCUGUUCAUCCAGCACCUGAAGGAGAAAGUCAUAAAGAUAGUGAAGCCCCUAAAGAAAAGCUGGCUGAUGAACAGGGAGACAUGGAUCUCCAGAUCAGCCCAAACAGGAAAACCUCCACUGACUUUUCUGAUGUCAUUAAGCAAGAAUUGGAAGACAACGACAAAUACCAGCAGUUCUGCCAGAGUGAAGAGACUGAGAAGGCGCAGCUCCACUUAGACCAAGUGCUCACUAGUCCUUUCAACACAACAUUCCCACUGGAUUACAUGAAGGAUGAGUUCCUCCCAGCUCUGUCUCUACAGAGCAGCGCUCUAGCCGGCAGUUCCGAAAGCCUAAAGCACGAAGGGGUAACAGGUUCCCCAUGUGGCAGCCUGAUGGAAGGGACCCCUCAGAUUAGUUCAGAAGAAAGCUAUAAGCAUGAGGGCCUGGCAGAGACCCCCGAGACCAGCCCAGAAAGCCUUUCUUUCUCACCAAAGAAAAGCAAGGAGCAAAUUGAGGAAGCAAAUGGGACUACCAAGUUAGAAACAUCACCAGAGAUUCACUCUGAAAAAGAACAUCCAUCAACAAAGGACAUUACAGAUGGCUCUGAAGGGCAAGGGGACGCAGUCACAGGGGCCAAGGAGCCCUCUGCUGAGCCUUUGCUGAAGGAAGCCGCCCUAGACCCUUCUAAAGACACUAGCCCCCAACAAGGAAGUGAUUACCUUGGCAGUCAAGGUGUGUCAUUAGCAAAAGAAACAUCCAAAGGACUGACUGAGGAAGUGUCCUGUGAUGAAGGUCCACUUACAUAUGUUAGUUCACCCCCCGAGACACAAACUGAUAUGAAAGUUCAGGAGUCCUCAACCACUGAGCCCUCAGAUGAGACAAAGACAUCACCACUGCCUGAUGUUGCUGUCAAGACAGACCCAGGGACUGAAUCAAAGCCCCAGGGAGUCAUUAGAAGUCCCCAAGGGUUAGAACUUGUACUCCCUAACCGUGACAGUGAGGUCUUCAGCCCUGGGGCUGAUGAAUCAUUUGCAGUGAGUCACAAAGACUCCCUGGAAGCCAGCCCUGUGCUGGAGGAUAAUUCCUCACACAAAACUCCUGAUUCUCUGGAACCGAGUCCUCUGAAAGAAUCUCCAUGCCAUGACUCUCUUGAAAGCAGCCCUGUUGAACCAAAGAUGAAGGCUGGAAUUCUCCCAAGUCACUUUCCUCUUCCUUCAGUCGUUGCCAAAACAGAAAUCUUCACAGAAGUGGCCUCUAUGCGGUCCCGGCUGCUCCGUGACCCAGAUGGCAGUGCUGAGGACGACAGCCUUGAACAGACGUCACUCAUGGAGAGCUCAGGGAAGAGCCCCCUUUCUCCUGACACCCCCAGCUCCGAAGAAAUUAGCUAUGAGGUCACACCCAAAACCACAGAUGCAGGCACACCAAAACCAGCUGUGAUUCCCGAAUGUGCGGAAGAAGAUGACUCAGAAAAUGGGGAGAAAAAGAGGUUCACACCCGAAGAAGAAAUGUUUAAAAUGGUAACCAAAAUCAAAACGUUUGAUGAACUUGAACAAGAAGCAAAGCAGAAAAGAGACUACAAAAAAGAACCCAAGCAAGAAGAAUCUUCUUCAUCCUCUGACCCUGAUGUUGAGUGUUCAGCAGACAUGGAUGAACCAAAACAUACAGAGAGUAUAGAGGAUGAAAGCGAUGUCCCUGUUGUAGUAACAUCAGAGGGCAGGAAGGCUUCUUCCUCCUCAGAGAGUGAGCCUGAGCUGACACAGCUGAAAAAAGGUGCUGACUCAGGCCUUUUAUCAGAGCCAGUUAUUCGAGUACAACCUCCUUCCCCACUUCCAUCCAGCCAAGACUCAAAUUCCAGUCCUGAAGAAGUACAGUUUCAGCCUAUCAUUUCCAAACAGUAUACGUUUAAGAUGAAUGAAGAUACUCAAGAAGAUUCAGGUAAAUCAGAAGAAGAAAAAGAUGGUGAACCUCAUUUACGUGAAGACAGUUGUACGGUUGCCACUGACGGCCCAGAGAUGUCUUAUGAUGAUCGAAAUGGAGAUGCUGAUCAACCAGAAAUCCACGAAGGCCAUGGGUGUGAGGCUGGGAGUCCUAGCAGCUCAGCCACUCUGGUCUCUUCAGGUCUCCACAGUGCCACUGGUGAUGAUGUCAGUGAGCAGCUCAUUAUCCAUAAGGAAUCAUUAGCUCUCCAAGAUGCUGGUGAAAGAGAAACAGAAGGAGAAGAGCUUGAUGUUUCUAGAGUUGAAUCUCUACAAGUAGAUUACCCCAGUGAGAGCUCUUCAUCUUUGUCCUCUUUGCCUCAUUGUCCAGCAUCUGAAGGAAAAGAAUUAGAUGACGACAUAGUCUCUCCAUCUUCUACUACAAAAAUGGAGGUCACAAAAACUGACCAAGCUUUUGAGAGUGUACCAGAGGACUGUUCCACUCAAGACUCAUUCAUCACUACUCAGACAGAUAGGUCGUCCUUGGAUGUUCCAGUGUCCAACCCAACAGAGACUGAUGAAAUCUAUGAUCCUCAAAUCAUAAGCCCUUAUGAAAAUGUUCCUUCCCAGUCUUUCUUCUCUAGUGAAGAAAGCAAAACCCAAACAGAUGUGCAACCCACAAGUUCUCACUCUUCUGAAGUGUAUUCUGUUACUAUUACAUCCACUAUUGAAGACGGAGUAGUGACAAGCUCCUCUGAUACACCUGUUUCAAGCAAAGAAUCUAAUUUUGAGGACCAGAACUUGGAAGCAGAAUGCAAACAAGAAAGUACCUCAUGGGAAAUGCAGCCAGAUAGAGCCCCCUCAUCUUCAAAGCCAACUGUACCAACUUCAUCAACAGUCGUUGGUGAACAGAUAAGCAAAGUCAUCAUCACAAAAACUGAUGUGGAUUCUGAUUCCUGGAGUGAAAUCCGUGAGGAUGAUGCAGCCUUUGAGGCACGAGUAAAAGAGGAAGAGCAAAAGAUAUUUGGUUUGAUGGUAGACAAACAAUCACAGGGUACCACCCCAGACACCACUCCUGCUAGGACCCCAACUGAAGAGGGGACCCCAACCAGUGAGCAAAAUCCAUUUCUCUUUCAGGAAGGAAAAUUGUUUGAGAUGACCCGAAGUGGUGCCAUUGAUAUGACCAAAAGGUCUUAUACAGAUGAAAGUUUUCACUUUUUCCAAAUUGGGCAAGAAUCCAGGGAAGAGACUCUCUCUGAAGACGUGAGAGAAGGAGGUACAGGCACUGAGUCCCCACAGCUGGAGACAUCAGCUGAGUCAUUAGCACUCUUAGAAUCAAAAGAAACAGCAGGUGAUGAAGCAGACUUACUCCCAGAUGACAUGAGUGAGGAAGUAGAGGAAAUACCCGCUUCAGAGGCUCAACUUAACUCUGAAAUGGAAAUUUCAGCCUCCAUGGAAACACCAGUGAAAGAGGCUCCUUCUGCAGGGGCUGAGGACCUUCCUGCUACGCAAAUGAGUGAUACACCUCCUCUGUCCAGUGUGAAGGAGACAGCUUGCCCUGACUCCCCUGAACCAGUUGUACAAGUUCAGUUAGAUUUUUCCACAGUCACUAGGUCUGUAUAUUCAGAUAGGGAUGAUUCUCCCGAUUCUUCCCCAGAGGAACAGAAAUCAGUCAUUGAAAUCCCUACUGCACCCAUGGAGAAUGUGCCUUCCAGUGAAAGCAGAUCGAAAAUCCCCAUAAGGACUAUACCCACUUCAACCUCAGCACCUCCAUCUAUGGCGUAUGAGAGUUCCCUUUCUGAAGAUUUUCUACCCAGCCUGGAUGAGGAAAGUAAAGAGGAUGAAAUAAAACCAAAGUCUAAAAUCCCCGUGAAAGCGCCCGUCCAGAGAGUCGAGCAGCAGCUUUCACAUCUAGACUCAUCUCUACAGAAGACAGUGGCUCCUCAGGGACAGGACAUGACAAGCAGAGCACCGGAUAGUAGAAGCAAAUCUGAAUCUGAUGCCAGUCCUUUGGACACAAAGGCCAAAAGUCCAGUAAACGCUAGAAGUUAUGUUGAGACAGAAACAGAGAGCGGAGAGGGGGCAGAGGAGGCUGAGUUAGAAUCAGAAGAAGAAGCCACAAGACCAAAGAUAUUUGCAUCCCGCUUGCCAGUAAAGAGCAAAAGCACCACAUCUUCCAGCAGAGGGGCCACGAGCCCCACGAAAGAAAGUAAGGAGCACUUCUUUGACCUUUACAGGAACUCCAUAGAAUUCUUUGAAGAGAUUAGUGAUGAGGCUUCCAAGUUAGUGGACAGACUUACACAGUCAGAAAGGGAGCAGGAAUUAGUUUCAGAUGAUGAGAGCAGUAGUGCCCUGGAAGUUUCAGUAAUUGAAAAUCUACCACCUGUUGAGACCGAGCACUCACUUCCCGAGGACAUCUUUGACACAAGGCCCAUUUGGGAUGAGUCCAUUGAGACUCUGAUUGAACGCAUCCCUGAUGAAAAUGGCCAUGACCAUGCUGAAGAUCAACAGGCUGAGCAGGAACGGAUCGAGGAAAGGCUGGCUUAUAUUGCUGAUCACCUUGGCUUCAGCUGGACAGAAUUAGCAAGAGAACUGGAUUUCACCGAGGAGCAAAUUCAUCAAAUUCGAAUUGAGAACCCUAACUCCCUUCAGGACCAGAGUCAUGCGCUUCUGAAGUACUGGCUAGAAAGGGAUGGGAAACACGCUACCGAUACCAGUCUCAUUGAAUGUCUCACCAAGAUCAACCGAAUGGAUAUUGUUCAUCUCAUGGAGGCCAGCACAGAGCCCCUCCAGGAGCGCAUCAGUCACAGCUACGCAGAGAUUGAACACACAAUCACCCUGGAUCACAGUGAAGGGUUCUCAGUACUUCAGGAGGAGCUAUGCACUGCACAGCACAAGCAGAAAGAGGAGCAGGCUGAUUCCAGAGAGGGCGAUCAUCCUCCCAUCGUCUCAGAGGAAGACAUUUCUGUCGGCUACUCCACUUUUCAGGAUUCCAUCCCCAAAACUGAGGGGGACAUCUCAGCAACAGAGCACCUUCCCCCGACUCACCAGGAGCACGCUCAGCAGGAUUUCUCAGGGAAAAUGCAGGACCAGCCUGAAGAGUCAUCUCUUGAACAGCAGGAAUACUUCGUGACCACCCCAGGGACGGAAGUAUCAGAGACCCAAAAGGCCACGGCAGUACCUGGCUCUCCCAGCCAGACACCUGAGGAAGUCAGCAGCCCUGCCGAGGAGGAGAGGCCGUACCCCCAGACCCCGACAUCGAGCGGGCGAGGAGACUCUCCCAUCGUACAAGAACCUGAAGAGCCCCCAGAACGGAGGGAGGAGGGUUCGCCCCGGAAAAGCAGCCUCGUGAUAGUGGAGUCUGCCGAGGACCAGCCGCGGGCCUUUGAGAGGCUCGAUGAAGAGGCAGCUUUUCAAAAGGAGCUCACAGAGGAAUUAGGUGAGCUGGAGGCCAGCUCAGAUGAGGAGGCGAUGCUAACUACCAGGGUUGUCCGCCGGCGAGUGAUUAUUCAGGGAGAGGAUAUGCCCGACAUAACCCCAGAAUCAGUCACUGAAGAAGAAUACGUUGAUGAGCGCGGACACACUGUGGUGAAAAAGGUUACUAGGAAAAUCAUUAGGCGGUACGUAUCUUCUGAUGGCAUAGAGAAAGAAGAGAUUACGAUGCAGGGAAUGCCACAGGAUCCUGUCAACAUUGAGGAAGGGGAUGGCUAUUCCAAAGUCAUAAAGCGCAUCAUACUGAAGAGUGACAUGGAACAGUCAGAGGUCACUGUGUCUGAGCCCAGCCUUUUGUGCAGUACUUCACAAUUUCAGGCUGAACCUGUGGAAGGCCGUAGAGUCAGCAAAGUUGUUAAAACAACUAUGGUACACGGAGAGAGGAUGGAGAAGCAUCUGGGGGAUUCUAGCUUAGCCACUGAUCUUCCUUCAGCCAAAGAUGACUUUGAAGAGGCUUUGAGCUACACAGGUAGCCACAUGAAAGUCCACUCCCCCAGUUUAGUAGAGAAUGAAGUCCUGAAGGAGGAUGGAUCAAUAAUUAGAAGGACAACCAUGAGUAAAGCUAGAACCCAGAAGAGGGCUGUGGUGAAGGACCAGCACGGAAAACGCGUUUACUUGGAGCACCUGGAGGAUGUCCCAGGAGCACUAGACCAGGACGACCUCCAACACGACCUCCAGCAACUCCUUCGGCACUUCUGCAAGGAGGACUUGAAGCAAGAGGCCAAAUGAGGGGCUGCCCAAUUCUCACAACAGAAACCACGCAUUCACUUGAUAUGCAACUUCCCAUUUCAUUAGAGGGCUGACCUAACUGGCCGGAUUAAUGGGAUACCCUGAUAUUUCCACGUCUAGCAAAUACACGGCAUCUCAUUUGAGUUUUUCCCCCAUCCUCUUUAACUGUAAGCUAAUUUGUGACCAAAGAUAGCAUCCUUCAUUCUGGAUGCUGUAUCCACCACUUUGUUGUGUCUGUGCUAACCUGGGAACUGGCCGCCUCCAUUGUUCUUGGCUUCUGCACAAGCUCCAUGAAAAUCCAUUGAACAGAAGAACUUCACCUGCAGACCUCUUCCAAUGAUGACACAUAGGAAUCCUACAAAGAGAGAUCUGUGUACAAUAUGUAGCUAAAAUGCUCAGAUGGACAACACGUUAAAAUUAAAACCACUGCCUGUCAUAACUACACUGGGCAUCACAGAAAAAAGGCCUCUAGAAAUUGCUGAACAACGAUUCAUUAAGAUAUUGCUAACACAAUCGAAUGAUGACACAGUUCUACUGCAAAAGAAGCACUUCAGACCUACCAUGUCCUUAGAACUUCCAGAGUAGCCCUUGCUCCUAGUUAGCGAUGGACUAAUAACCUUGAAGAACUGUCCUAACUAAGCACUUACUGCUGAUGCUGGCCAGCCGUGAUUUAUGACUUGCCAACAGCCACUGAGGGAGGGCAGGAAGGGAGUGGAGGUGACCAGAAGGAAACAAUAAGGUACUCAGGUGCUGGCAGCUGCAUCCUGUGCUGUCCGGCAUCUUCAGGUCCUUUGGAUUUGGGACACGUUGGCAGGGUAUUUUAAAAAGCUAUAACUACUGUAGUUUUCCAGUUUUCAUUGCUGCUUUAGCAAACCACGCUGUCUUAUUGGUGGUACUUUCUCCUGGCCACUGCACUGUAGAUAAUUCAUUGGAAACAAGAUUUGCCCACUACACAAAUGGUUAAGCUCCUUCACCAUGUUGGAGUAGUUUCUUCUUCUUUUUUUUACCCCCCUCUGGGUUUAUAUCUUCUCUGAUACCUGCAUGUAGCAUUGAAGAAUCAAAACCACAGUCCAGACCCCUCUUCUGAUCACAUUAAUGGUUUUCAUUCUUUUGACCCUCAGCAAGCACUGUUCACUUUUCAGCUAGGUCUGUUUUUUAGCUUGCAGACUAGAUUGAGAAAUCCUGAAAAAUUUGGUUUGGGUUAAAAUUUUUGAUUUAUUUAUUUGAAAUCCAAACUCCCUUGGAAACUCUGAAGUGUGUUCGUGCACUUUCCUGUUUGUUUCAGAGAAGGGACUUUAAUCAUCUGAGUGAUUUCCACGUCCUAUUCCUUAUUCCUCUAGUGGUUGACGCUGUGUAGCAUUUUAACAUAUAUAUAUAUAUUCACAAAUAUAUUCAUAUAAACAGUAUACAUUUUGAAUCAGUUAUUUGUUAAAGAAAAGUAUAUUCAAUGAAGAUGAGAUUAAAAAGAUUUUAAAAACCAGAGUCUAUCCUCCAGGGAUUAAACAUUUUCCAAUUCUAUCUGGUCUUUUCCUGUUGUGCAAAAAUGACUCAUUGUUCCGAAUGUCAAAAGCAAAUACGACAAACAAUGACACUUCAUCAUUUCAAGUAACGUUGCCAAGAGAGAAAAUUUCCUGGGAGGGAGGUUUCCCACAAGCCAGAUCUCCUAAGCCUCAAAGGCUAGUACUGUUUGGCAGUUGGAUAGGAAAUAAAGCAUUCUUUGGCAGCCAAAAUGAAGGAGGCCAGUGGUGAACCUUUUUGAGACUCACCACGGCCUUCUUGUCCAAACCUUCACUGGAGCUCAAGAAAAGCAUUUCUGUUGUGUUAUUUGCAGUGCAGAUGAUGUCUGUGUAACAACAUAAUGGUUAUUCACCUUUUUUUUUUCAGUUUUGAUUUUUGCUGUGUAAUCAAAAAACUUGAAUACUGUGAGAAGAAGUGAAUUUUCAGUUGACGAAUCAGCAUCUUGUUCCCAUGGUGAUAACACUAAUUGAAUAUAUCUAUGAGGGCAUGUAUUAGUUAACGGAAAAAAAAUACAACACUAACAAUACAUAGCUGCAAUGUGUACAAUGGCUGAUUUAAUUAAAUAAAAUGUACAAGUGUUAAAUGUGGCAA